AGGGGCGUGACGUACAUCCGGCGCGUAGCUGGCGGUCCCGGGUACUGCUGGUCUGUGUGCUCUGAGGGAGGGUCGCGCCGCCAGCCACCGCCGGAGGAGCCCCUCGGGCCGUUGUAAGCAUCAAUAAUGUCUUUCAUCUUUGAGUGGAUCUACAAUGGCUUCAGCAGUGUGCUUCAGUUCCUAGGACUCUACAAGAAAUCUGGAAAACUUGUAUUCUUAGGUUUGGACAAUGCGGGCAAAACCACUCUUCUUCACAUGCUGAAAGAUGACAGACUAGGCCAGCACGUACCAACACUCCAUCCCACUUCAGAAGAACUGACAAUUGCUGGAAUGACUUUCACCACUUUUGAUCUUGGAGGGCAUGAGCAAGCACGUCGGGUUUGGAAAAAUUACCUCCCAGCAAUUAAUGGAAUAGUUUUUCUGGUGGACUGUGCGGAUCAUUCUCGUCUCAUGGAAUCCAAAGUUGAACUUAAUGCUUUAAUGACUGAUGAGACAAUAUCCAACGUGCCAAUCCUUAUCUUGGGAAACAAAAUUGACAGGACAGAUGCAAUCAGUGAAGAAAAACUCCGUGAAAUAUUUGGGCUCUAUGGGCAAACCACAGGAAAGGGGAAUGUGACUCUGAAGGAGCUGAACGCCCGCCCCAUGGAAGUAUUCAUGUGCAGUGUGCUCAAGAGGCAAGGCUACGGCGAGGGUUUCCGCUGGCUUUCCCAGUAUAUUGACUGAUGUUUGGACAGUGAAAAUAAAGAGUUUUACUUCUGGACUGAUCCUAUUCACAGCUUCCUCAUGGACUUUUCUAAUAGAACAAGGAAAGCUCUCCAACCAUGUAUGGCAUUGAGAAGCCACGCAUCUGUCUACGCUCAUUGCCCAGUGGUGACAUGUGCUCUUCUCCACACUGCCUGCGGCUGCUGCCGGGCAGUGUGCCGGGACGGGGCUGGCAGCAUUUGCCAGGGAAAGCUGGGUGCCAUCAUGGGACACCCGAGAAGAAAAACAUGUCUCACCACUGGUUGAUUUCAAAAGAAAGUGAUUCUAUUUUUUAAAGAAAGUGUUGUUAAUGUAAUUGGUAUCCCUUCUCUAACUUUUUGAGUUCACAAUUUACUUGGUCCAGAUUUUCUAUUCUUUUUUUUUUUUUAACUAGUAAAUGAAAUUUAGAUACUUCAUAAAAUUAUGAACAGAUAGCGCGAUGGAGGCCAGAGCUUCGCUGUGUGACUGCCUGUUGAAGGUGGUGUCUGAACACAGGCGGGGAGAGGACAGCCUUGGCUUACCCGCCAUGGUCUCCACCAUCCUCAUCUGGAGUGGGUAAAGUGUCAUGAUCACGUUGUCAACUUCAUUUGCAGUUACCGGUUUCAGCAGGCUUUGCUUUUAUACUGUUGUGGAAUUUCAUCUUUCUGUGUAGCACCUUCCUUUUUUCACUGUAGAUAUAAGAAGUGACUUUUGCCUCAUGAGGGAAUUAAGGACAUCUCUCAUGUAGACCCUGUGCUGGGGGUGUGACUCUGAUGCUUUUGAACAUAAACUAGAGGGACGGUUCUGAACAGGAUGCAGGGCAAAAUCAGCAGCUUAAGGCUCUAGAUUCUGUGAGAUGCUACCCAUCUGAUCUGGAAGCAACGAGGGAACCUAGGAAAAACUCUGAGGGGCUCUUGUGUUUUCUUCAGAAAUAACAGAGCAAACCCAGGUGACCUGGCAGCAGCGAGUGCUAGUGUGGGGGCAGCAGCGGCCCUGUGAGGGCCAUGAACAGGACUUUUAUAUAUAGCAUUUGGCUGCUGUGUAUGAGGUUGAGUUUUCCUGAUGUUAACUUUGUAUUGUACCCAUAGAGUGGAUGAGACGGUCUGUAGACGGGAGGAUGUCUUGAUUCUGAUUUCCUCUAAUGCACGGUGUGAGUACGUUCUAAAGUGGAAAUUAUGCUGCUGCUGUUUUCUGUCAGACUCGUGUCCAGCGUGAGGGUAGAGAAGGUGGGAGCACACCAGGGAGUGACUUAUCACGUUUUAGUUUUGAGCACUGAGUUCAUGGGACAGUGUUCUGUUACACUGCCAGGUCCCCAAUGCAGAGGCUCGGUGAGGUGUCUGUCUGCAAACUGCAUGUGUUGCCUUCACCAACGGACAGCUGGAAUGAGAACUGUCAGUGCGGAGGGGCCUUUGUUAAAGCCUCGAGUGAGCUGGGUAGGUCGUGUGCCCUUCAUUGCCUUGGCUAAAGACUGUCCACAUGUCUGUCCAGGCACAUGACAGGUGUGAUGGCCUCGGUGUUGGGUUCCUCAUUUGUCUUUCUCAUUUGUCCCUAAUUGCUCGGAAACAACCUAGAAGACUGGAUGGACCCUGUCCAGGGUGGCUCUUUGUGAAAGUGGUUUAUUCUAGCCACUGGAGAAAGAGAUGGCUGAAAAGUGGCACCAGUCUGCUUCAUGCUGCACAGAGCACCAUCUUCCAUAAACUGGCCAAGAGGUUGCUGCAGCGAGUGCAACUCCACCUGAGGGCCAGGGCCUUGACCAGGGGCUCCAAUGAACUGAGACUUCAUUCUGUUUAUCAGAGUGCACGUGUCCUGUUUCAGCAAACGUAAAACUGUCAUUUACAAAAGAAGGUCAGUCUGUAUCCUAAGCAUUUUAAUAAAAAGCUAAAAUGAA